ACCAUCUCGUGUUUACCUGAAAAGAAUACCCUGCCGUCUACCGUUACAUCUGCAUAAAUCAUCACCACCGUUUUCCCUUUCCACACUCCUUGCCCCCACCACGUCCAUCACCACCAUCAUCACAUCCAUGAGCAAUGUCAUAUAAAUACAUAAGGUCUCCCAUGGGACCAUCACCGAACGUGUCGGCCAGUCAUAAACGACAAUUCUCUAACGAGGACGAUAACACAUUUCUUCCUCCAGCAUUAAGCUCCUACAGCAUCGCAUUGCUCAACGACCGCACCAAGGCGUCGCCAUCCAGCUCCAACGACGUCAGCGUCACUGGCAUAUAUGAGUUGGACUUUCCGGAACGAACUCGGACAAGCAACUUGAAGAGCCGGCUCUCGGUUCAUUUCAAGGAUGCCGAGCGCGAGGCGCUCGCCCAGCCGAACUCAAAGGAAACUUCCAAAGAGCAAGCCUCCGAUACCCACAACACAUCUGCAUCAUCUCAUCAUUCGUCAUUCCAGGAAAUCCAAAGUCAUCACAUGUCCCACAAUUCGUUCAACCAGAGCUCCCACACUCACACCACCAUCUCUGAGGAUGACAUCAUGGAAGGAGUGGAAUCUCCCCAUCAUCUCGCCUCCAAAACACCUGCCACCACUCCCGGUAGCAGCAAGCAUUCCAACGAAGAACCCUCAGCAUCACACUCCAGCGUACACACCCUUAAAAGAAUAAGGGGAACUAGAAGGUUUGGUAAGGUUUUGGGUCCUCCUAAGCGUGCAUCCAGACUUAGUGAUCAUUACCUGAAGACUGAUAUCGAGCAAGACACUGUUCUCUCGCUAGUUGAUGACAACAACUUAUUAUCCAAAAAUAGGGAAUUAGAAUUGAGAAAGAGGAUAGAAGACCAAAAAAUCCUUAAUGAACUACAAUUCCACAUAUCUAGAGUUGAACAGGAUCAAGAGAAUGCUGAAGUAAAUAAUGUGUUCCACCCCAAAAAGCCUCAAGAAAGAACUCCUUUACUUGAUAUCCCAGUGGCCUCCUUUAAUUCACUCCUGCAUGAUUUAGAGAGUUUUAGAAAGCCCAAAAUACCCAAAACAAGAAAAGAAAGUUUGCCUAAUUCAUACCAACAUAAGUCCGGUACAAAUAAUUCUCAGAAAAAUGCUCAAACUCCAGCACAACCAUCGGCCAAAUCAGAAGAACACAAGAAGAAAAUUAUAAUUAUUAAUGGAAAUCAAUACGAGAAGCUAGAAUUGUUGGGUAGAGGUGGAUCAUCAAAGGUGUAUAAGGUGAAGGCACUUGUUAAUAAUCGACUCUACGCCAUAAAAAAGGUGACUUUUGAUCAAUUUGAUGAGGCAUGUGUCAAAGGUUUUAAGGGUGAGAUUGAUUUGCUCUUAAAGCUUAAGCAUUCCGAUAGAGUUGUUAAGUUGGUAGAUCACGCUAUUGGUGAAGGUUCAAUAUACUUGGUGAUGGAAUGCGGUGAUAUUGAUUUGGCACAUGUGUUUCAAACAAAGCUCAGUAUGAAUAACCCCUUGGAUUUACAUUUUGUUAAGUACAAUUCCAUAGAGAUGCUUAAAUGCGUGAACGCGGUGCAUCAGGCUGGGAUAGUUCAUAGUGAUUUGAAGCCGGCAAACUUCUUAUUUGUCAGGGGGAUUUUAAAGAUAAUUGAUUUCGGAAUAGCGAAUGCUGUCCCUGACCACACUGCCAAUAUUUACAGAGAGUCACAAAUCGGAACACCUAAUUAUAUGGCACCUGAAGCAUUGGUAGAGGUCAAUCAGACGUUUCCUGGGCUACCUAUCUCUGAUAACAAUGGAUCAUACUCCCAAAAGAAUACAUGGAAGGUUGGAAAACCUUCUGAUGUAUGGUCUUGCGGUUGCAUCGUCUAUCAAAUGAUUUAUGGGAAGCCUCCGUAUGGUGGAUAUUCAGGUAAUCAGAGAAUAAUGGCUAUCAUGAAUCCCCAAGUUAAAAUAGCCUUCUCUAACAAGGGUAUUGGAGGGAUUCCCGUGCCUCAAAGCGCAAUAGAAUUGAUGCAGAACUGUUUGGCCAGAAAUCCGAACGAGAGAUGGACAAUCGACCAGUGUAUUAACAGUGACUUCCUCAAACCAAAAAUCGUGAGCGAAGGUUUCAUUAGGGAUUUGGUUCAUCUGGCUGUGAAUUAUGGUUAUAACAAGAGAAUCAAUGGAGGUGGUCCCAUGACCUCUGACAUGUACGAUACAUUAGUGGAUUCUGUCUUGAAGCAGAUAGAGAACUUGAAUUAUGGGUGA